AUGGGAGACGACUACUCGGUGGGAGACGACUACGACUACUCGGUGGGAGACGACUACUCGGUGGGAGACGACUACUCGUUGGGAGACGACUACUCGGUGGGAGACGACUACUCGGUGGGAGACGACUACUCGGUGGGAGACGACUACUCGGUGGGAGACGACUACUCGGUGGGAGACGACUACUCGGUGGGAGACGACUACUCGGUGGGAGACGACUACUCGUUGGGAGACAACUACUCGGAUCUGAUGUGA